UGCACUAUGGGAUAUGUUUAUCCACCCAUCGCUAAUCCCUCUUGCGCUAAUGUUAACUGGCCAACGUAUUCGUGAAUGUGUUGUGAUUAAUUUACAGGAUGAAAACUGAAAAGCUAAAGAUUUGAAGCUGACAGCCUGCCAUGCCGAAUUUACAGAGCUGCACUGACGGGUGGAAUGAUUUCAUUAUUUAUGUAUAGAUACAUUUGAUGUAGACUUUGGUGGGCUAAUGUUAGUUGGGUGAGUUAGUUGAUGCUAAUGUUAGCUGAUGGUCUGGCUUUGGAGCUGUUUCUGCUGCUGGCUUUCGUAGUAAUAGUGGAAGUAGUAAUUGCUACGCAAUUGUGACAGUAGUAAUACAAGUAUCAAAUAGUUUGUAGUUAAUAUGUAGACCUGUCUUGUUGCCAUUAUGCUUGCACGUUUGUAUAAUGCUUUAUCAUGUAACUGUGUGAUUACAUUGGUAUUUAUGGGAUCUGUCCAAAGGGGAGACGUCAGUUCAUAUGUCUUCUGGUUGACCUCUCAAAUGCAUGCCAGGUCUCAGGAGCGAGGCUCAAAAGAAGGCUAGAUUGCAUUUUCGGUGCGAGGCUUGAGGAGGCCGGACCUGCAGGAUGUUGGCCCGGAAAGGCCUUUUACCGGACGGGUUCCUCCUGACCCGGCUGGCCGAGGAUGCCACUCAUCCCAACCGCUUCCGCUCCAAGUCUCAGCGCGCGCGCUUCAUCACCAAGACCGGCUCGUGUAACGUGGCCCACAAGAACAUCAGGGAGCAGGGGAGGUUUCUGCAGGAUGUCUUCACCACCAUGGUGGACCUGAAGUGGCAGCACUCACUGCUCAUCUUCACCUCGGCCUUCCUGUGCUCCUGGAUGCUCUUCGCCAUGGUGUGGUGGCUGCUUGCCUUCGCCCACGGCGACCUGGAGCCCCGGGACACUGACGGGAUCGGUCAUGUGCCCUGUGUGACCGCCAUCCACUCCUUCACCUCCGCCUUCCUCUUCUCCAUCGAGGUGCAGGUGACCAUUGGUUUUGGUGGGCGUAUGGUGACGGAGGAGUGUCCUCUGGCCAUCAUGGUGCUGAUCAUCCAGAACAUUCUGGGGCUGAUCGUCAACGCUGUGAUGCUUGGGUGUGUCUUCAUGAAGACGGCACAGGCCAACCGGCGCGCAGAGACGCUCAUCUUCUCUCGCAACGCCGUCAUCGCCCCGCGCAACGGCCGUCCCACCUUCAUGUUCCGUGUGGGCGACCUCAGGAAGAGCAUGAUCAUCUCAGCCACCAUACAGCUGCAGGUAAUCCGGCGCACGGUGACUGCGGAGGGGGAGGUGAUUCCGGUGUGUCAGCUGGACAUCCAGGUGGAGAAUCCCCUGCGGAGCAAUGGCAUCUUCCUGGUGUCUCCCCUCAUCGUCAGCCACACCAUCGAGCGCAGCAGCCCCCUCUACGAGAUCUCCGCCCAGUCCCUGGCCACCGAGGACCUGGAGAUCGUCGUCAUCCUCGAGGGUGUGGUGGAGACGACAGGCAUCACCAUGCAGGCGCGCACCUCCUAUACGCCGGAGGAGAUCCUGUGGGGGCGGCGCUUCGUCUCCAUCAUGACGGAGGAGGACGGACGCUACUCCGUCGACUACUCCAAGUUUGGCAACACGGUGCCCGUGCGCAUGCCUGCCCUCAGCGCCAAGGAGCUGGACCACACACGGGGGGUGCAGGAGAAGGGGCCCGCGGAGGGCCAGCCGCAGGGGUGGGGGCUGGUGCGCGCGGGCAGGGGGGGGUACCGGCGCGGGGGGAGGACCACCUGUGACAGCGCCGCUGCCUCCAGACCCUGGUAUGCGCAGGCAGACAAGGAGGAGGACAAGAAGGGCCUGAAGAAGGCGGUGAAGCUGGAGGAGAUCGGGAGGGAGAUCCAAGAGGAGUCCAUCGAGGAGAUGAGUGACUGACACCAUAACACCCAGUCACAUCUAAAGAGGAGAUUCAUUUUUAAACAUGCGCUACAGAUACCAGUCACAUCUAACGAUUAUGUGCUAAUGGGAUUGUUUUGAUUAUAUUUGUCAUCUGUUUAUUUAUGACUGUUUGUGUAGUUUAUGUUUGUUGUUGUUGUUUUGACUAUGUUUCUAUGGUAACUGGACCAAACCCUCUCAGACACAAGAAAUUCCCAUGUCAACCACAUUCCACAGAUGUUCCCAUGUCAACCACAUUCCACAGAUGUUCCUCAGAGACCCUCACCUGUCCCUCAUCUGUUUAAAUCAUUCCACCCAGCAGACCUGUUAGAAUAUGUUGGUCAUUCCAUCCACCGAACCGGUUCGAACAUGCGGGCCUGUGUGUCAGGUGACCAGCCCCUCUCUACUCUAUGUCCAAGGGACCAAUAGGAACAGCUUUCCUGUGUCUCCUAAAAGAUUUUCCUGUUGUACUGAAGAUUAUGUUUGUUUAUGUAUUUUUUUAUUUAUUUAUGUAUGUAUUUAUUUAUUGUUUAUUUAUUUGGAUAAAUAAAUGUUUCAUUCCUUGUCUUGAAAUCAUUAUGUUAUUUAUACAAAGGCUGGUAGGUGUAGCUGUGGCCUAUGUCAUGUGUUUUACUACCAUCUACAUGUCAAUGGCUGAUAGUAUAGUCCUUUUAAACCCGUAUGCCAGAGAACCAGUACAAGAUGUGUACAAGCAGAUAUAUCACCAGACAAUUAUUUUUACAAAUAUUUUAAUUCUGUUAGUUACAAAACCAAACCAUCUUAAACACACAUGUUUGGUGGGUGUGGUCAUGACAGGAAAAGCUAAAUGGAUUGAAAUAAAUCACAGUUAUUAAUUUUAAUGGGAUUAAUUGGCAAUAUUAAUAUUUAGAGACCCAAGGAUAAAUCAGUUCACGUACCUGUAACAAAAACUACAAAUAUCUUCAAUAUUGAUGCAAAAUGUAUAUGAUUAACACUAUCAUGUGAGAUUUCAAUUCAUGGACAAAAUGAAAGUAAAAUGACAGCACAUCGUUGCCUCUGCUAUAAAAAAUGAACUAAAUUGACAGCCCAUCCAUAGUUGUCUCUGUGGUACUCAAGGGGGUUCCAUCCAGGCUCACAGAAUCCACCACC